UAUGGGAGCGGCCAGUCAGAUAGCGGGAAGAGCCCCCUCUCCAUGAGUCUGGGAUUCCUUAAGAACUUGACUGAGAAGAAGAACACUCGCGUCGAUGGCCAACAGCCGAAGAGGAGAGGACCGAAGCCCGACAGCAAACCUGCGUUAACAAGGAGACAAGAACUCAACCGACAAGCUCAACGGCAAGUAGGCACGCGACGCAUGCAGUCUGCAUGGCUAACGUUGCGUAGGACACACCGGGAGCGGAAGGAAUUAUAUAUCAAGGCCCUCGAGCAAGAAGUUCUUCGGUUGAAGGAGAACUUUAGCAAUGUCUCGCGCGACAAAGAAACUCUCGCUGAGGAGAACCGACAAUUGAAGCAACUUCUUGCUCAACAUGGCAUACCAUGGGGCGGCACUGGUGGGGUAGAUGAGCUUGUGCAGAAUCCCAGUAUUGGUUAUACAUCAAGUGGUAGUAUAUCUGGUAGCUACGCGCCCGGAUCCCAAGGGUACAGCCCACCUCCAAUCCAGGCCAACUCGAAUCCUAAUUUCCUAGGCUCGGCUUCUCCUGAUCUCUCCAUGAAUGGCCAUGGCCGGAGUACAGCUCAACAACAGGUUCAACAAGGGGUGGACUAUGAUCAAGCAGGCAUUGACUUCGUCUUAACGCUCGAACGCCCUUGUAUGGAUCAUAUGCAGUUUCUUGUCGAACGAGCGAGUGAACCCGAAGGCGAUCCUUGUGGUCACGCUCUCAUGGCCUCCUGUCCCCCCGAUCCCUUCGUCGAGAAUAACCCAGAAGUACCAUUUGGACACGGCCCAAACCAUAUGAACGGCAAUGCCCCGAAGACAUGGGAUCUUUCAAAACCAGAUUUGGCAAACCUACUCGACCUAAGCAAAAGACUUAACCUGGAUGGCGAGAUCACUCCUGUCAUGGCAUGGGGUAUGGUCUUGGCGCAUCCAAGAUUCUCCGAAUUACGAACCGAAGACUUUGAGAAUAUGUGUCAAGAACUGGGCGGUAAAGUCAGGUGUUACGGGUUUGGCGCUGUCUUGGAGGAAUUUGAGAUCCGAGACGCUCUAGAAAGCGUUUUCUAUACGAAGCCA